AAAAGCCACGGGAAGCAUGCUUUGACCCUGGGAACAUAAUGAAUGGAACUAGACUGGGAAUGGACUACAAGUUGGGAUCAACUGUAACAUAUCAGUGUGAUUCUGGGUACACCAUUGCAGGACCACCCACUCUCACCUGCAUCAUGGGGGCUGAUGGGAAACCUGUAUGGGACAAAGCUCUGCCUACGUGUAAAGCACCAUGCGGUGGGCAGUACACUGGAUCAGAGGGAGUGGUAGUAUCCCCAAAUUACCCUCUCAACUACACGACAGGCAAGACCUGCUCCUACCACAUCACAGUGUCUGGAGAAUUUGUGGUGUUUGGGCAAUUUGCCUAUUUCCAGACAGCCAUGAACGACUCUGUUGAGCUAUUUGAUGGGCCCAAUCAGAAUUCUAGGCUGCUAAGCUCCCUGGCUGGGUCUCAUUCCGGAGAAACAUUGCCCUUGGGCACUUCAAACCAAAUCAUGUUGAGAUUCAGCGCAAAAAGUGACCCGUCCGCCAAAGGAUUCCAUUUUGUUUACCAAGCUGUUCCACGCACCAGUGAUACACAGUGCAGCUCCAUCCCAGAGCCCAGAUAUGGCAGGCGGAUCGGGUCCGAAUUCUCAGCUGGCUCCAUUGUUCGUUUCGAGUGCAACCCUGGAUACCUUCUCCAGGGAUCCAAAGCCAUCAAGUGUCACGCGGUUCCUAAUGCUCUGGCGCAGUGGAAUGACACCAUCCCGAAUUGUAUAGUCCCAUGCAGUGGGAAUCUGACAGAAAGGAGAGGUACCAUCCUCUCCCCCGGGUUCCCGGAGCCUUAUGGGAACAGCCUGAACUGUGUGUGGAAAAUCAUUGUUACCGAAGGAGCUGGUAUCCAGAUCCAAGUCAUGAGCUUUGCCACCGAGCAUAACUGGGACUCGUUAGAAAUCUAUGACGGUGGAGAUAUGGCAGCUCCAAAGCUCGGGAGCUUUUCAGGUACAACAGCUCCAGCCUUGUUGAACAGCACCUCCAACCAGCUUUACCUGCACUUCCAUACAGAUAUCAGUGUCGUCGCGGCUGGAUUUCACCUUGAGUACAAAACCGUAGGACUGACGACCUGCCCGGAGCCCGUGAUACCGGCCAAUGGCAUCAAGAAUGGCGACAGGUACAUGGUGAACGAGGUUGUGUCAUUCAGCUGUGAGCCGGGGUAUGUGCUUCAGGGACAUUCUCACAUAACGUGUAUGCCGGGAACCGUGCGUCGCUGGAACUACCCCCCUCCGCUCUGUAUCGCGAAGUGCGGCGGGACCCUGUACAAUAUGAGCAAUGUGGUCCUGAGCCCGGGUUUCCCUGGGAACUACCCCGGAAACUUGGACUGCACCUGGAGAAUCGUGCUACCUGUUGGAUACGGGGCACACAUCCAAUUUCUCAACUUCACCUCUGAGGAUAACCACGAUUUUUUAGAGGUUCGCAAUGGGCCGCACCACAGCAGCUCUCUGAUUGGACAGUUCAGCGGAAGCCAAGUGCCGCCCCCUAUACUGAGCAGCACUCACGAAACCGUCAUCCACUUCUACAGCGACCACUCCGAGAACAGACAGGGCUUCAAACUCACUUAUCAAGCAUAUGAAUUACAAAACUGUCAAGACCCAUAUCCAUUCCACAACGGGUAUAUCAUCAACAGCGAUUUCAACGCAGGCCAAUCCAUAACAUUUGAAUGCUUCCCGGGAUACGUGUUAGUCGGCUACCCUGUGCUAACAUGCCAGCACGGAAUCAACAGGAAGUGGAACCACCCCUUUCCUCGCUGUGAAGCUCCCUGUGGCUAUAACGUGACGGCUCCAAACGGCACCAUUUUCUCUCCAGAGUACCCAAAUGAGUACCCAGACUCUCAGGACUGCACUUGGCUCAUCACCGUGCCCCAUGGUCAUGGGGUUUACAUCAACUUCACCCUUCUCCAAACUGAGCCUGUGACUGACUAUAUCGCUGUCUGGGACGGCCCAGAGCAAAGCUACCCUCAGCUGGGAAUUUUCAGUGGCAACACAGCCCUCGAGUCAGCCUACAGCACUCUCAAUCAGGUUCUUAUCAAGUUCCACAGCGACUUCUCGACAAGUGGAUUCUUUGUCCUUAAUUUCCAUGCUUAUCGACUCAAGAAAUGCCCUACUCCCCCUACUGUUGAACAAGCAGAGAUAUUAUUUGAAGACCAGGACUAUGAAAUUGGUGACAUUGUGAGGUAUCGAUGCUUUCCUGGAUUUACAUUGGCUGGCAGCGAUGAGCUCACAUGUAAACUGAAUUCUCACCUGCAGUUUGAGGGUCCACCUCCAGUGUGUGAAGCUCAGUGUCCUGCAAAUGAGGAACGGUCUGCCUCCUCUGGUGUGAUCCUGAGUCCAGGAUUCCCCAAAAACUACCCCAACUCCCAGACCUGCUCCUGGAUCAUCAGAGUGCAGCCUGCCUUCACCAUCGCCAUUUAUGUGGAAAUGUUCCAGAGCGAGAAGCAGUUUGACGAACUGGAGAUCUUUGAUGGGCCAUCUGGACAGAGUCCAUUGCUGGUGGCUUUGAGUGGGAACCACUCCACACAAUUGAAUUUCACUAGCAAAACAAACCAGCUUUACCUCAGAUGGUCAACUGAUCAUGCGACCAGCAAGAAAGGCUUCAAAAUACGCUACACAGCUGCGUACUGCAGUGUGAACGAUCCACCCAAGAAUGGAGGAGUCAUCAAUAGGGCGAGAGAUCAGCCCGGCAGCAGGCUCCAGUAUUACUGCAACGCUGGCUACAGGCUUGUGGGUCACAGAAAUGCUACAUGCAGACUUCAUCCCAGUGGGCUUUACCAGUGGGACAAUCCGGCCCCACUGUGUCAAGCUGUGUCUUGCGGAGCACCAGAGUCUCCUGCUAAUGGGUCGUUCCACGGCUUCCAAUACACAGUGAGCAGUGAGGUGCUGUACCAAUGCGAGGAGGGCUAUAAGCCUGACGCGAGCAGCCUGCUCACCGCCGUCUGCCUGGAGGAUGGCACCUGGAGCAACGUGGCACAUCCUACCCGUUGUUUACCGGUUCAGUGCCCUAACAUUGAGAGCAUGCUCUCAGAACACAUGGUGUGGCGUCUCAUCUCGGGCUCGCUGAAUGAGUUCGGCGCACGAAUAAUGCUGAGCUGCUCCCUGGGCUACUAUCUGAUGGGCAGGAGGACCAUCAAAUGCUUAGCUAAUGCAACAUGGGAAGGGCUGGAGGAGAAGUCUACCUGCAAGAUCAUUUCCUGUGGGGAGCUUCCAUCCCCUCCUAAUGGCAAGAAGAUGGGCACCCUGACUACCUAUGGCGCCACAGCUAUCUUCAUGUGUAACACAGGGUACACUUUAGUGGGCUCGCACGUGAGGGAGUGUCAGGCUAACGGUCUCUGGCGGGGAGAUGAGACCAAAUGUCUGGCUGGUCAUUGUGAUUCUCCGGAUCCGAUUGUUAAUGGCCACAUCAGUGGUGAUGGAUCUAGUUAUAGGGACACGGUCGUUUAUCAGUGCAACCUGGGCUUUCGACUCAUAGGGACGUCAGUUCGUAUCUGCCAACAAGACCACAUAUGGUCAGGCCAAGCACCCGUGUGUGUUCCCAUAACCUGCGGCCAUCCUGGAAACCCUGCAAACGGUCGGACAAAUGGCAGCGAGUUUAAUCUCAACGACGUGGUCAACUUCACCUGCAACACAGGCUAUUUGUUGCACAGUGCAUCCAGAGCGCAGUGUCGCAUGAACGGACAGUGGAGCAACCCUCUACCUGUGUGCAAAGUGGUAAACUGCUCUGAUCCGGGCUUUGUGGAGAACACCAUUCGUCACUCUCAACAGCGCUACCCCGAGAGCUUCAACUACAGAAACACCGUGAUGUAUCACUGCAAGAGGGGCUUCUAUCUGCUCGGCUCCUCCGUCCUCACCUGCCAGUCAAAUGGCUUCUGGGACAGAUCACUUCCUAAGUGCCUUCCAAUAUCCUGCAGUGAUCCCGGCACACCGCCGUUUGCUGUCAUGUCGGGCCAGAAGUUCACCACCAGAGCCAUGGUCCAUUACUCCUGCAGCCAGGGCCGAAGUCUGGUGGGGAAUGCCACACGCCAGUGUCUGGAGGAUGGCCGGUGGAGCGGCUCGCCACCCUACUGCUCAGGUGAUAAUCUGGGAUUCUGUGGCGAUCCGGGAAUUCCUCCUCAUGGUUCUCGUCUUGGGGAGGAGUUCAGGCAUAAAAGCCUCCUACGGUUCACGUGCGAAGCGGGCUACACGCUGAUCGGAUCUCCCGAGUGCACAUGUCUGCAGAACGGCUCCUGGAGCAGAACCCAGCCCGUGUGUGAAGCUGUAUCCUGUGGAAACCCUGGAACGCCGGCCUACGCCAGGAUCGUUUUCAGCGACGGUAUGCUGUUUCCUAGCUCAGUGACGUACGCCUGCUGGGAGGGCUACAAGACCUCUGGCCUCACCACUCGCCAUUGCACCACCAAUGGCACCUGGACCGGCUCAGCACCAGAUUGCAUUGUUAUCAGCUGUGGGGAUCCUGGUCCAAUUGCCAAUGGAAUAUACACUGGAUUUGAGUUCAUAUUUAACAAAACCGUCCACUAUCGCUGUAACCCUGGGUAUGUGAUGGAGCCCCCUGGUUCAUCUACUCUACGCUGCAGCAAAGAUGGCACUUGGAAUCAGACCAAACCAAGCUGCAGAGUCAUCAUGUGUGGCCAGCCUCCAGCUAUCCACAAUGGGCGAGUGGAGGGCUCAGACCGGCAGUGGGGUUCUAGUGUUACCUACAGCUGCUUUGAAGGAUACCAGUUGUCCUCUCCUGGAAUAGCCACAUGUGAAGGGAACGGCUCAUGGCGUGGCGAAAUCCCACAGUGUCUGCCGGUGUUAUGUGGAGAUCCAGGCACCCCUGCAGAGGGCUUCAUAGAGGGCCGGCAGUUCACCUACAAAUCAGAGGUGUCAUUCUACUGCAGACCUCCAUUCCUGCUGGUGGGCUCCUCAAGAAGAGUUUGUGAGGCAUACGGUUCAUGGAGUGGAAUACAGCCUUCUUGCAUUGAUCCAACCAACAAUGCAUGUAAGGAUCCCGGAACCCCAGCAUAUGGAAUUCCAGUCCAGGCUCAGGGAUUUGAGGUUGGAAGUAAAAUUUUCUUCAGAUGUCGGAAAAACUAUCACAUCCUCGGCUCAACAACGAGAACAUGUUUAGAAAACUUAACAUGGAGUGGGAUGCAACCAGAGUGUGUUGCACAUGCCUGUAGGCAGCCUGAGACGCCAUCCCAUCUAGACGUGAAGGCUAUAGACCUGCCUACUCUAGGUUACACACUCAUGUAUACAUGCCAGAAUGGUUUCUACCUAUCUGGAGGAUCAGAGCACAGGACCUGCAAAGCAGAUGGGAGGUGGUCAGGCAAACCUCCAGUCUGCAAAGUUGGACAAAAAAUAAACAGCAAAUCAAAUGAAGAUCCAGACCUGCAGAAAAACAAGAUCCGUGUUCCUGCAGAUGUGUUCUCUUUGAACUCUGGUUGGGCUGGAUUCUAUGAGUAUCUGGGAAAGAGACAGGCUGCCACAGUAACAGUCAAUGCAUUCAAUGCCACCACCAGCCGGGUCAACGUCACUCUUCUGGAGCAGAGCGGGGUGCACAUUAAACUCUCUGGAACUUACAAGAAAGAAGAAAAUCAUCUAUUAUUAAAAGUUUACCAGAUAAGAGGCCCAACAGAACAAUAUUUUAGCAAAUUCAAAAAUGAUAACUGGGCAAUGGAUGGAUAUGUUACAGCAGAAACGGAGAAAAAAAUGUUUGUUUACCAAGGGCACAUUCAUAGCAAGGACUUUGGGACGUUUCAGUUAACAAGACAAGGUCUUAUUACCACAGAUAUGGAUCCUUCUAAUCCUUACUACGGCACAAACAGCAGUUCUGUUGCAGCUGCCAUUCUAGUGCCCUUCUUUGCGCUUAUUUUAUCAGGGUUUGCCUUUUACCUCUACAAACACAGGGCUCUAUCACAAGGCACAGAUGACAAUGAGAGACCCAAAGACUUGGCUGCCUCCAGAACAAGACCAAAAGUUCAGUACAACGGAUAUGCAGGCCACGAGAACACUAAUGGACAAGCUUCAUUUGAGAAUCCCAUGUACGAUACAAACAUGAAGCCAACAGAGGCAAAGGCUGUGAGGUUUGAUACGACCCUCAAUACAGUCUGCACAGUAGUAUAGCCUUCAUUAUCAGCUCUGGACCGACCUGCCUCAUGG